AUGAAGGAGUAUGAUGGCUGUUUCGGCGUCCCAGUAGAGGCAUUGGCUUCCCUGGACGACUUCUUUGAGGAAUUCGACCUCACCAUCCUCAGCCUACUAUACUCUUCCGACUCCGAAGCAGACGAGUCCCGCCUACCUCGGGGAAUUGUGCUCUGCUUGGGUUUUCCUUGCCCUGACGAAGCCCCGGUUGGUGGUAUGGGUAUCCUUGAAGAAGACAUCAUGAUUUCAGUUGUUGAUCCUCUA